CUGUCAAUCAGGCGGUCUCCGGAGGGUUGGAGCCCGCUGCUGACGCUGAUAAACUGAUACCGUGGGAAAGCGGCAGCUCACUGCAGCCUCCGCGACGCCCGGAGUACAGCGGUGUUCGGCGAGAGCGGGCGAAUCAAUAAUGAAGCGAUCUGUCGACUUCAGCUCCUCGGACAGUGAAUUAGACAUUGAAGAUGAAAACGGGAGCAAGAAGGAAUUCAAUCCCGGGAAACUGGCAGCUUGCUCCCAGAACCAGGCACGGAAGAAGAGACGCGGAAUAGUCGAGAAACGUCGAAGAGAUCGCAUUAACAACAGUCUGUCAGAACUUCGCCGACUGGUUCCCAGUGCCUACGAUAAGCAAGGAUCAACCAAACUGGAAAAAGCGGAAAUUCUGCAAAUGACAGUCGAUCAUUUGAAAAUUCUCCACACGAGCAGCGGAAGAGGUUAUUUUGAAGCUCCAGCAUUUGCCACUGAUUACAGGAUCCUGGGAUUUCGGGAGUGCUUGUCUGAAGUUGCCAGAUACCUUAGCGUGACUGAGGGAUUGGACCAUUCUGACCCUUUGAAGACUCGCCUGGUUUCACACUUAAACACGUAUGCAUCGCAGAGGGAAGUUGUGACAGUCGAGUCAGGCCAUCAGCACUGGAGUGCAGGCUAUCCUCAUCCCGCAAUGACCUCUUUAUCUCAUUUCAGAGCUGAAGUCCUUGCAGGCAUCUUUCCUCCUACAGACCAGAGUCAUCACAAGGAGUCAGUGCUUAGCUGUAUCCACCUUGAACAGUUCAGGAAGGAAGAGUAAUUGAUUUAGUACUUUUAAAGGUAGUGCAACCAACCUCAUUCAGCAACACAAAAGUCACUCACCUAAAGCUAUCAGAGAAUUUCUUCGGAUUCCUUUUGAAGGACAGUGUAUGGAACAAUAGAAAUUAAAAUAUUAGGAAGAUGUGUGGAGUCCAUCUGGAUUUCUUCAAGGAACCACUAGGUGGCAGCUGAGCACCAGGACGGUCAUGUUCAACCAUCAAAAAGAAAUUUGGUCUGAAUUUUAGAAGUCAGAAGUCAAAGUAUAUUUACUAUCAAACUGUGUAUACUUCAUACAACCUUGAGGUUCAUUUUCUUACAGGCAGUUACAAAACAAAGAAACACAAUUGAAUUGAUUAAAACAAAAGAAGACAAUCAAACAUCUAAUGUUCAGAGAAAAAAAUUGAAAAAAGAAAAGGAAAUCUGAAGUUAUGUUUCCUAUCUUUGCUUUCUUGAUCAGUAAAUCUUAAAUGAGUACACAAAAAUUAGGGAGUGUCAACUGUUUUACAUAGAUGCCAUCAAAAUAUACAAUCUUUGUCAAAUAUUGAAAAAUAACCAUGAGGGCAAUGGGCCUU